AUGGCGCCACUACCGAUCAAGUUCCAGGAGCUGAUCCAGCUUCAGACUGCCGGUGUCGAGGACGCUUCCAUCGGCUUCAACUCCUGCACACUCGAGUCAGACUCUUAUGUCUGUAUUCGGGAAAAGAAGAACGAAGCUGCCCAACCCGAAGUUGUCAUCGUCGACCUGAAGAACGGCAACAAUGUCACACGGCGCCCCAUCAAGGCCGACAGUGCCAUCAUGCACUGGACUCGUCAAGUCAUCGCCCUCAAGGCGCAAUCGAGAACACUGCAGAUCUUCGAUCUCGAGAAGAAGGCGAAACUCAAGUCCACCACAAUGAACGAGGACGUCCAGUACUGGAAGUGGAUCAGCGAGACCACUUUGGGCCUGGUUACAGAUUCAGCAGUCUACCACUGGGACGUCUACGACCCCAGUCAGGCCCAGCCCGUCGAGGUCUUCAAGCGCAAUGCUAACCUCAACGGUUGCCAAAUCAUCAACUACCGUACCAACGCCGAGGGCAAGUGGAUGGUAGUUGUUGGUAUUUCGCAACAGCAGGGCCGCGUUGUUGGUGCCAUGCAGCUAUACUCCAAGGACCGUGGCAUCAGCCAGGCCAUUGAGGGUCACGCUGCGGCCUUCGGCUCGCUGCGCCUGGAGGGUGCUCCCGCUGACACCAAGCUCUUCACCUUUGCUGUGAGAACCGCUACUGGCGCGAAGCUUCACAUCGUCGAGGUCGAUCACGCCGAGUCAAACCCCGUAUUUCAGAAGAAGGCCGUCGACAUCUUCUUCCCUCCCGAAGCCGUCAGCGAUUUCCCCGUGGCUAUGCAGGUGUCGCAGAAGUACGGUGUCAUUUUCAUGGUCACCAAGUACGGAUUCAUUCAUGUCUACGACCUCGAGACCGCCGCCUGCAUCUUCAUGAACCGAAUUUCCAGCGAUACCAUCUUCACCACCUGCCCCGACAACGAGUCUCGCGGUAUUGUGGGCAUCAACCGCAAGGGUCAAGUGCUCUUCGUUUCGAUCGACGACGCCAACGUUAUCCCCUACCUCCUCCAGAACCCGGCCAACACCGAUAUGGCUAUCAAGAUGGCAUCACGAGCUGGCCUCCCCGGUGCUGAUAAUCUGUAUGCUCGUCAAUUCGAGCAGCUCUUCAACAGUGGUCAGUUCAUGGAUGCUGCCAAGAUCGCGGCCAACUCUCCUCGACAAUUCCUUCGAACCGCCGAGACGAUCGAGAGAUUCAAGUCGCUCCCCCAGCAACCUGGUCAAAUGUCCUUUGUCCUGCAAUACUUUGGCCUCUUGCUCGACAAGGGUGCCCUGAACGAGCACGAGUCUAUUGAGCUUGCCCAGCCCGUUCUCGCUCAGAACCGUCUCAACCUGUUGGAGAAAUGGCAAAAGGAGGGCAAGUUGACUGCGUCUGAGAGACUCGGUGACCUCGUCCGCCCUCAUGACCUGAACAUGGCCCUCACUCUUUAUCUCAAGGCCAACAUUCCUCACAAGGUUGUUGCUGGCUUUGCCGAGACGGGUCAAUUCGAGAAGAUCCUGCCCUAUGCCUCCCAGGCCAACUACCAACCCGACUACGUCCAACUUCUCCAGCACAUCGUUCGUGUCAACCCGGAGAAGGGUGCCGAAUUCGCCACAGCCUUGGCCAACAACGAGGGCGGUUCCCUGGUCGAUAUCGAGAGAGUGGUUGACAUCUUCCAGUCUCAGGGCAUGAUUCAGCAAGCCACGGCUUUCUUGCUGGAUGCGCUCAAGGACAACAGACCUGACCAGGGCCAUCUUCAGACUCGUCUCUUGGAGAUGAACUUGAUGAAUGCUCCCCAGGUUGCCGAUGCUAUCCUCGGAAAUGACAUGUUCUCCCACUUUGACAAGACUCGCAUCGCAACACUCUGUGAACAGGCCGGUUUGGCCCAAAAGGCAUUGGAGCUCUACGAGGACCCCGCUGCCGUCAAGCGCGUCGUUAUCAACAUUGCGGCCACCCCUAACUUCAACAUCGACUGGUUGACCGGCUUCUUUGGCAAGCUGUCCGUUGAGCAAUCUCUGGACUGCUUGGAUGCCAUGAUCAAGCACAACAUCCGCCAGAACCUGCAAGCGGUGGUCCAGAUCGCCACUAAGUACUCCGACUUGCUGGGUCCCGUGCGCCUGAUUGAUCUCUUCGAGAAGUACAAGACUGCUGAGGGUCUCUUCUACUACCUUGGCAGCAUUGUCAACCUUUCAGAGGACCCCGAUGUUCACUUCAAGUACAUCGAGUCUGCUACCAAGAUGGGCCAGUUCAACGAGGUUGAGCGUAUUUGCAGAGACAGCAACUACUACAACGCAGAGAAGGUCAAGAACUUCCUCAAGGAAGCCAGACUUCAGGAGCAGCUGCCUCUCAUUAUCGUCUGCGACAGAUUCAACUUCGUCCACGACUUGGUUCUCUACCUGUACCAGCAGCAGCAGUUCCAGUCCAUCGAGACUUACGUCCAGCGUGUCAACCCUAGCCGGACUCCCGCUGUCAUCGGUGGCCUGUUGGAUGUUGACUGCGAUGAGAGCAUCAUCAAGAACUUGCUGUCGACCGUCAACCCCGCCUCUAUCCCCAUCGAUGAGCUCGUGUCCGAGGUUGAGUCUCGCAACCGUCUCAAACUUCUUCUUCCCUUCCUCGAGGCAACCCUCGCUGCCGGCAACCAGCAGCAGGCCGUGUUCAACGCUCUUGCCAAGAUCUACAUUGACUCGAACAACAACCCCGAGAAGUUCCUCAAGGAGAACGACCAGUAUGACACCCUCAGCGUCGGUAAAUACUGUGAGAAGCGUGACCCCAACCUUGCCUUCAUCGCCUACUCCAAGGGUCAGAACGACCUUGAGCUCGUCAACAUUACCAACGAGAACGGCAUGUACCGCAACCAAGCUCGAUACCUGCUCGAGCGGGCUGACCGCGAGCUGUGGACCUUUGUCCUCAGCGAGAACAACAUUCAUCGCCGUUCCGUGAUUGACCAAGUGACCGCCACCGCGGUUCCCGAGUCCACCGAUCCCUCCAAGGUCUCUGAGGCUGUUGCCGCCUUCCUUGCCUGCGAUCUUCCUCUUGAGCUCAUUGAACUGCUUGAGAAGAUUGUUCUCGAGCCAUCACCUUUCAGUGACAACACUAACCUUCAGAACUUGCUUCUGUUCACCGCUGCCAAGGCCGACAAGGGUAAAGUUAUGGACUACAUCCACCGUAUGGACAACUUCAGCGCGCCGGACAUUGCAUCAGCCUGUAUCGACGUCGGUCUCCACGAGGAGGCUUUCGAGAUCUUUAAGAAGACUGGUGACAAGACUUCCGCUGUUGAUGUCUUGGUAGAGAACGUCGUUAGCAUCGACCGUGCCCAAGCUUACGCCGAGGAGGUCGAUUUGCCCGAGGUUUGGAGCAAGGUCGCCAAGGCUCAGCUUGAUGGCCUGCGCGUCACCGACUCUAUUGAGUCCUACAUCAAGGCCGAUGACCCCAAGAACUACGAAGAGGUUAUCGAGACCGCUGCCCGCGCCGGCAAGGACCAGGAUCUUAUCAAGUACCUUCGCAUGGCCAGAAAAACGCUGCGCGAGCCUGCCAUCGACACUGCUCUCGCCUUCUGCUACGCUCGUCUGGAUGAGCUCGGCGAGCUCGAGGACUUCCUUCGCGGUACCAACGUUGCCAACAUUGAGGAGUCUGGAGACAAGGCGUAUGAGCAAGGCCUGUACCAGGCUUCCAAGAUCUUCUUCACCAGCAUCUCCAACUGGGCCAAGCUGGCAACCACCCUCGUCCACCUCGAGGAGUAUCAGGCUGCCGUUGAGUGCGCUCGCAAGGCCAACAACAUCAAGGUCUGGAAGCAGGUUCACGAGGCCUGCGUCGAGAAGAAGGAGUUCCGUCUUGCCCAGAUCUGCGGUCUCAACCUCAUUGUUGAUGCCGAGCAAUUGCAGACCCUUGUCAAGCAGUACGAGCGCAACGGCUACUUCGAUGAGCUCAUUGGAGUCUUGGAACAGGGUCUUGGCCUUGAGCGUGCCCACAUGGGUAUGUUCACCGAGCUUGGCAUUGCCUUGUCCAAGUACCACCCGGAGCGCCUGAUGGAGCACCUCAAGCUCUUCUGGAGCAGAAUGAACCUGCCCAAGAUCAUCCGUGCUUGCGAGGAGGCAAACCUCUGGCCCGAGCUGGUCUUCUGCUACUACCACUACGAUGAAUUCGACAACGCUGCUCUGGCGGUCAUUGAGCGCCCUGAGAACUCAUGGGAGCACCAGCAGUUCAAGGAGAUUGUCGUAAAGGUGGCCAACUUGGAGAUCUACUACCGCGCCAUCAACUUCUACCUUGAGCAGCACCCGUCCCUGCUCACCGAUCUCCUUCAGUCGCUUACUGCCCGCAUUGACGUCAACCGUGUUGUCAAGAUGUUCGAGAAGAGCGAUAACCUACCGCUCAUCAAGCCUUUCCUCGUCAAUGUCCAGACUCAGAACAAGCGCACCGUCAACAACGCCAUCAACGACUUGUUGAUCGAGGAGGAGGACUACAAGACCCUUCGCGACUCUGUGGAGAACUACGACAACUACGACCCCGUCGACCUUGCUUCUCGUCUGGAGAAGCACGACUUGAUCUUCUUCCGCCAGAUCGCUGCCAGCAUCUACCGCAAGAACAAGCGCUGGGAGAAGUCCAUUGCUCUUUCCAAGCAGGACAAGCUCUUCAAGGAUGCCAUUGAGACGGCCGCCAUCUCAGGCAAGACUGAUGUCGUGGAGGACUUGCUCCGCUACUUCGUCGAUAUCGGUAGCCGUGAGUGCUACGUCGGCAUGCUCUACGCCUGCUACGAGCUCAUUCGCCCCGACUUGGUCCUGGAGAUCUCUUGGCGCAGCGGCCUCACCGACUUCGCCAUGCCUUACAUGAUCAACAUGUUGUGCCAGCAGACUAAGGACUUGGCCGCUCUCAAGGCCGACAACGAGGCUCGCAAGAGCAAGGAGAAGGAGCAGGAGAAGGACGAGACCAACACUCCCAUUCUCGGCGGCAACCGCCUCAUGAUCACUGCCGGUCCCGGCGGUAUGGGCGCUCCUCCCGCGCCCUAUGGUCAGACAAACGGCUUCGCUCCCCAGCCUACUGGCUUUGGAUUCUAG